AAUCCAAAGGCGACAAAAAGAAAAUGCCCGAAAUCAAAUUUUUCUUCGCCUCGGGCGCCUGUUCGCUCUGCCCACACAUUCUCCUGCACGAGAUUGAAGCCGACUACCAGCCGGUGCAGGUCAUCAACAAUGGCCCCGAGGUCAAAUUCUCGGAAGAUUUCCACCGCAUCAACCCCAAGAUGCGUGUUCCUGUGAUUGCGGUUAACCAGGAAGUCGUCACUGAGCUUCCCGCCGUGGCCACAAUUAUCUCCAGUCUCGCGCCCGAGAAAGGGCUAAUGGGAAGGGGUGCCCUGGAUACUGUCCGUGUGUAUGAAUGGAUGAAUUACCUGUCCGGGACUUUACAUGCCGGAGCCUUUGGCCAUUUAUUUCGACCUGAUCGCUGGACUACGGCGACUGAUCCUACGAGCCUGGAGGCCGUCAAGCUUAAAGCGCGGGAGAGGAUGACAGAAUGCUUCCAGCAUGUUGAGGGAAGAUUGCAGGGGGUUCAUGCCGUGGGCGACUAUUUCACGGCCGUUGAUCCAUUUCUCUACGUGUUCUAUCGGUGGGGGGCAAUAAUCGGCGAGGACAUGUCGGUUUAUCCCAAGUAUGCUGCGCUGGUCAGGAAUUUGGAGGCGCGUCCGGCGGUACAAACGACGCUGGAAAAAGAGAAACUGUCAUUUAUCCUUUCAGAAUAAUGUCAAACGCCAGAACGAUGGGAUUAGAAAAUUAAAAUAUA